AUGCCCUCAGCUUCACCUUUGCCCAUUACCGUCCGGGUCCUGGUUGCGGGCGGUAGCUAUGCCGGCCUCGGCGUCGCAGUGAAUCUGCUCGAUCUCCAUAAUGGCGUCUCACCCCGAAUGAACUGGGAGCCCUUUGUAGCAAGCAAGGAUUGGCCGCAAAUUAACUUUGAAGUUACUGUCGUCGACGAGAGAGAUGGUUUCUUACACAUUGUCGGCGCGCCUCUCGCGCUGGCAGACCAAGCCUACAGCAAAAAGGCUUGGGUCCAGUUCAAAGACAUGACCGAUCUCCAGCGAGAAAACAUUACAUUCGUCCACGGCAGCGUGUCGCAUGUAGACUGCGCGGCCAAGAAGGCGACGGUCGUCCUGCACGGCACCGACGAGGCCAAGACGUUCGAGUACGACUACUUUUGCGCCGCGACCGGCUACCGCCGCGUCUGGCCCGUCGUCCCGCAGUCGCUGACCUACAAGGCGUACCUGGAGGAGACGGCGAACCACAUCCAGGCGGUCGGAGUCGCCAAGCACGGCGUCCUGGUCGUGGGCGGCGGCGCCGUGGGCAUCGAGAUGGCCGCCGAGCUCAAGCUCUGCAUGCCGCACAUUAAGGUGACGCUCGCGCAUUCGCGUGACAAGCUCCUGUCGUCGGAGGGGCUGAGCGACGAGUGCAAGGACGUGUCGCUUGACCUCCUCAAGGACGCUGGCGUCGAGGUACUGCUCAACCACCGUCUCGAGAGCUCCGACAAGGUCGACUCGGCCGACGGGGAGCCCAAGUACCUGGCCAAAUUUACAAACGGAAGCACAAUGGAGGCGAGCGUGGUUAUUGUGGGUGUUUCGCAAAGUGUUCCCGCCACGGAAUUCUACCCUGCUGCCGCUCUAGAUGCUGAUGGCAAGGUAAAAAUCAGACCAAACCUGAUGCUUCCCAGUGAAGUGCCCAAUGCCGAUGCCCAUUUCUGCGCGGGCGACGCCACCAAGUGGUCCGGCAUCAAGCGCUGCGGCGGCGCCAUGCGUGCCGGUCACCUCGUCGCCAUGAAUAUUCACCAGCUGGUUCUGCAAAAAGAAAUUGGCCAUACGCCGGUAUUGGAAGAACUGGUGGAGAUUCCGCCCAUGAUUGCCAUGGCGGUGGGCAAAAAGGCCGUCUCAUCAGGCCCCGAGGGCACCCACUCGGGAACAGACGUAAUGGACAAGUUUUUUGGAACGGAUUUGUAUCUAUCAGGCAAGUAUUCGCGACUCCAGCCAGAAAUCGUAGUCCGAGAGGGCAUACACUUGUAG